UCCUUCUUGUGUAGUGUUGUGCAAAAAAUGACUGACAACGUGCCCGUCGCCGAGCUAAAAAAACUGGAUUUGAACCAGCAAAAGGCAUGAAUUUGUAACAUUUUUAAGUAAAUUUCACCUAACGAACUAUUGUGCUGGAGAAUGCGCCUAUCGGCGUUGGUGGCCGGCCUCAAUCGGACUAUUAAUUUGCGUUUGAAUUUGUGCAGUAGUAGCUUGCUAGUGCAACAGUACCAACAACAACAGCAGCAGCAACUGCUGCGGCAUCCGACUCAGCCGCCUCGGAGCCAAUUUGCGACACUGGCAAGUAAGAUGAAGAAAGAGAAGCAGAAGAAUCAACAGGAAAAGGGAAGCGGCGGUUCAUCUACAGCUCCAGCAGAGAAGCCUGCUCCCGAAUUCAUCGAUCAUCGUAUCAAAUUGUACGAUGAACUAAAGGUGCAGUAUUUGGACGAGCUUUCCAAGAAGCCAAAAAAUCCAAUCAAGGUAACCCUUCCGGAUGGUAAAGAGAUCGAAGCGACAAGCUGGGAAUCGACCCCGUACGAUGUGGCUAAGGGUAUCAGCCAGGGACUGGCCGAUAAUACGGUCAUCGCUCGCGUGAACAACGAGCUGUGGGAUUUGGACCGUCCCCUGGAGGUUGACUGCAAGCUACAGCUGCUGAAGUUUGACGAUCCGGAUGCGCAGGCCGUGUUCUGGCACAGUUCGGCGCAUAUUCUCGGCGAAGCGAUGGAGAAGCGUUACGCCGGUCACCUUUGCUAUGGUCCACCAAUAGAGAAUGGAUUCUACUACGAUAUGUUCUUGGAUGGAAGUGGAAUCUCCAACCAAGACUACGGUGCCCUGGAGAGCGAGGUCAAGAAAAUUGUCAAGGAAAAGCAACCCUUCGAACGGUUGGAAAUGAAGAAGUCUGACUUGUUGAAAAUGUUCGAGUACAACGAGUUUAAGUGUCGUAUUCUGAACGAGAAGGUUACAACCGAAACCACAACCGUCUACCGAUGUGGUCCGCUGAUCGAUUUGUGUCGUGGACCUCACAUCCGGCAUACCGGCAAGGUGAAGGCAUUGAAGGUUGUUAAAAACUCUUCGACCUACUGGGAAGGUAAGGCUGACGCCGAAUCUUUACAACGUGUUUACGGCAUUUCCUUUCCCGAGCCCAAACAGCUGAAAGAAUGGGAAAAGAUUCAGGAGGAAGCCGCCAAGCGUGAUCAUAGAAAGUUGGGCAAGGAACAGGAACUGUUCUUCUUCCACGAACUCUCUCCGGGUUCGUGCUUCUUCCAACCGAAAGGAGCCCAUAUCUACAACUCGCUGAUGAAUUUCAUUCGUACCGAAUAUCGCAAACGUGGAUUCCAGGAGGUGAUCACUCCUAACAUCUACAACUCUAAGCUGUGGCAGACUUCCGGUCAUUGGCAGCACUAUGCAGAGAAUAUGUUCUCUUUUGAGAGUGAAAAGGAAACAUUUGCUCUGAAGCCUAUGAAUUGCCCGGGUCAUUGUCUGAUAUUCGAUCACCGUAACAGAUCCUGGCGCGAGUUGCCUCUGCGAAUGGCUGAUUUCGGUGUUCUGCAUCGUAACGAACUGUCUGGAGCCCUGACCGGACUGACACGUGUGCGUCGAUUCCAGCAAGAUGAUGCCCAUAUCUUCUGUAUGCCCGAGCAGAUCGGACAGGAAAUCACCGGAUGUCUUGAAUUCCUAGCACAUGUGUACGGAAUUUUCGGUUUCACCUUCAACCUGGUUCUGUCCACUCGCCCUGAGAAGUACCUUGGUGACGUCGAAGUAUGGAACGAAGCCGAAAAGGCUCUGGCCGAAUCUCUGGACAAGUUUGGUCAACCAUGGAAAGAGAACCCCGGAGAUGGUGCUUUCUACGGCCCGAAGAUCGAUAUCACAAUUAUGGAUGCCCUGAAGCGUAAUCACCAGUGCGCUACAAUUCAGCUUGACUUCCAGUUACCCAUCCGAUUCAACCUAAACUACAUUGACGAUAACGGCGAGAAGAAGCGUCCGGUUAUUAUCCAUCGGGCUAUCCUUGGUUCGGUUGAACGUAUGAUCGCCAUCUUGACUGAGAGCUACGCCGGAAAGUGGCCCUUCUGGCUGUCGCCGAGACAGGUUAUGGUGGUUCCCGUUGGACCGCAGUACGACGAGUAUGCCGACAAGGUUCGUCUACGCUUGCACGAUGCUGGUUUCAUGGCCGAUGCCGAUCUGGACGCCGGUGAUACCAUGAACAAGAAGAUCCGAAACGCACAGUUGGCGCAGUACAACUUUAUUUUGGUUGUCGGCGAAAAGGAACGUAGCUCGGAGACGGUCAACGUGCGCACUCGUGAUAAUAAGGUUCACGGUGAAGUGUCGGUCGCUGAUCUAGUUUCAAAACUGCGCAGGCUAGCAGAUGAGUUCACCUUAGGUGAAGAUCAGUUCUAAGCUAUCUACUGGUUCCGGAAUGCAACGGUUCAGAUUAUUCAGACUUUUCUGAUGCAUUUAGGUGCCGAUGAUUCGAGCUCUUGGAAUAUUAUCCAGUUCUAAUAAUUUAUAAUUUCAUAGUUGCUUCAAGCAGAAUACGUUUUCGUCUGAAAUAAAAUAUGCAGGAAUAAAA